AUGAUCAGCAUGUACAUGACUCAUUAUCAGCAGCGAUUGGUAGACAAUGCUGUUAGCACUCGUCACGGUUGCCGUCCGCCUCCAACGCUGCAAAUUCAUUGGCCUUUCGGUCUCGACCGUCUAAAGCAGAUAUUUCAGGCAGAUGCGGAAUCGCGCCUGAUGGAACUGUUUUUGUUCCACUUUCGGCAAACGGGGAACACGCUGGAACAGAAGUUCCUAGGGACCAGGGUGUUUGGCACAAUAGAACCGGCCAACCUAGAAGCCAUUCUCUUCACUCAUGCCAGAGUAUUUGGAAUUGGUCGACGCCGAGAUGUUGCGUUGCCCAUGUUCGGUGAUGGCAUCUUCACCCAAGAAGGUGCUCAUUGGAAAGAGUCCCGAGACUUGCUUCGCCUGCAGCUGCAGCACAAAUAUUACGACGAUCUUGAGAUAUUUCGCGCUGCGGUUGAUAGAUUGAUUCAUGUGGUUAGCGAAUGCAGAGGCACGGUCGAUCUUCAGCCCUUGUUCUUCCGCACGACGUUUGAAACCACCACAAGCUUUGUUUUUGGCAAGUCUACGAGUAUCAUGAAAAGCACAUAUGGCAGUAAAGCACAUCGCUUUGGAGCUGCACUUGACACAGCCCAAGAGUGGAUUAUUAGGAGACUAAGGUUCGCUGGGUUUUACUGGCUAAUAGACAGUAGAGAAUUCCGCCAGGCUUGCCAGGACAUUCAAGCGUUUGUAGAUCGGAAUGUCGAUGACCUUGUGCAGAAAGUACCAACCGAAAUGAAACAUCCGAAGACACACAGCUUCAUACAGUGCAUUGCGAAGACUACAUCCGACCGAAGCGCCCUUCGCGCCCAAACGAUCAGCAUCCUAGCAGCGGGCAGAGACACAACAGCCAGUCUUCUCUCUUGGCAAGUCAUGGACAAGUUGCGUGCAGAAAUUGCGUCGACGUGUGGCGCAGGCUUACAUCCCAGUCGUGACGACCUAAUGAAGAUGUCAUACUUGACAAAGGUGCUCAAAGAAACACUGCGACUCUACCCGCCAGUUCCUGUCAACAUUCGAACAGCUUCAGAAACAACUAUACUUCCUGUGGGAGGCGGACCGACCCGAGCAGAUCCAGUUCUUAUUCCAAAAGGGAGCGUAGUCGCGUUCAGUCUAUACUCCAUGCAUAGACGGCCAGAUUUGUAUGGCAUGGAUGCCGAGCUGUUUCGUCCAGAGAGAUGGGAUGAGGACAUGCCUUUGAAGCACAAUCCCACAACUCUCAAGUGGGGCUACAUCCCCUUCCACAGUGGGCCGAGGAGAUGCCUUGGAGCGGACUUUGCGCUCACAGAAGCUGGUUACACGAUUGUACGCCUCCUUCAGAGUUUUCCAGAUCUAAAGCUUCCGCAUGGGGAGCAGCUCGAGCUACUUGGUGUCGAGAAACAGAAGUCGACAGUGGUUCUGACAAUAGCAGAGGGCUGCAAAGUCGACGUUAGUGGCCGUUGA